AUGAAGGGAAAUCAUUCAUAUGAAAGAAACCACCCAGGUAAUUGGAACACUAACGCCCAGGCGAUUAAUAGGAAGAAAUUAAAUAUAAAAAAUGGAAGGAUUAACGACAUAUACAAUUACAACGGAGGGGUGAAUAAAUUUUCAGGGCCCCAUGUAAACGCUUUAAAUGAUAAAAAAAAGGGUUAUGUGAAUGUGGAGGAAGAAGACAGCAAAGGUAAGAUUCCCCCCAAAAAUAUGGCCUCUUACCAUUACGUAGACCACGGUUACUACGACAUGGGAAAUGCGAACAACAUGUCAUAUGGAAAGGCGAACUACUACAAUCAGGCAUUCAUCAAGUUCCCGAACGGUAAAGGUGCUGUUGGUGGCUACGGCGGGAGCGGGAACUAUGUUGGAAGUCGAAACGUUGGUGGCAUCAGCAACUAUGCUGGUAGUGGCUAUGGCGGAAGCGGUUACGGAGGAAGCGGUUAUGGAGGAAGCGGCUACGGAGGCAGUGGCUACGGUGGCAAUGGCUAUGGAAGUUACGGUUAUGCUAGCUAUGGGAACUAUGGAAACCAUGGGGGUAAUAACUACGGAUAUCACGGGGUGAACGGUGCAUACGAUUACAGUGGUUACAAUUACGGUGCCUACGAGAAUUAUGAGGGCCAGGCUAAUUUCAAUAGCCAAUACGACUGUUACGAAAAUUAUAAUGGAUAUGAAGGGAACGGCUACAACGGUUACAACGAUUAUUAUGAUAGCGGCUACAACAAUUACGGGAGCCACCACCUGUGGAAUAAUAACAACGGCAACGCGCACGACGCGCACAAUGAGGGGGCCAGCAAUUAUGCCCACCACAGUUACGGCACCCCGGAGAGUGCGCAGACGCCUAAUUACGAAUUUGGUGGAGCCAAGUACCACCAUUACGACCCCCCCCAUCUACCCCACAAGGGAAACGAAUCGCACGUUAAGUUUAACGAGCUUAUUAGCGAUGUGUAUUAUAAGUCAUCCUAUUAUCUAAAGAGAAAUAGGAAGUACAUGCAGAAUCUGCUUAAGUCCAAUUGUGUAAUCAAUAUAUACCUGGUAAGGCACAUGGAAGCUAUGCAUAACCGAGAAGUUCUCGACAAAACGGACAAGGUGAGGGAUCUAAUUUAUAAGGACAUUAAGUAUCUCGACUGUGGGGCUAGUGAACAAGGAAAACAAAUGUGUGAGAAUUUGAAAAAAGAUGGUAACAACAGGCUCUAUCAGAAGGUUAUGGAGUUGUACAACGAAUCUUUGAAGAAAGUUGAUAUCCCCUCCACUUCCGGUGUUGACAUCAGUGGCGCUACGAACAAGGGUUCUGUUACUCCCCCUAGUAACAGUACUCCCCCUGUGGAUCCUGUUGGUAGUGCGAAGAAAGGCAUCCUGGAAAGGAACAACGACUUCAUCAUCAUCAGCUCCCCUCUGAGGAGGUGCCUAGAAACCAUGAAGUACUACUUUAACUUUAAGAAAAACAUUCUUAUCUACGAGUCGGUACGAGAAAUGGCAGGCAACUACUCAAGCGAUCAGAGGUCCAAAACUUCCGAUGUAAAGAAAUUCUGUGAACAGAAUUUUGAAGACUACGAGGUAGUUUGCUUUGGAGAGAACGACAUUUUUUAUGGAGACAAAUUUAGGGAAUCGUCUGACCAGGUGUACUGUAGGUGCUUGCAGUUUUUGAAAAUGGCCCAUUCCCUCGCUGUGAAUUAUUUUGCCUCUUUGGAGAGGGAAAACGGAGAGGAGGAUGAUGCAGAGGAAGCAGACAAGCGAGAGGAUGGCACGGAAGAAAACCAAAUGCCUGGGGGGGGUAAUGUGGAGAAGGAUCUGUGCGGCGGCAUGGGUGGACCAACUGGGGAAGUGAUGGAAAAGUCGUGCGAAGAGGGGAAAAUAAAGCGAGAAGAUCAUGUGCAGCAGGAGUGUCAAGAGAACCUAACAGGGGAGGGGCUCGUCGCAGAGGUAUCCACGUGUAAGAAGAGCGAGCAGGAGGGAAAAGUAGUCGACGGAGGGGAAGUAGCAGAUGGAGGAAAAGUGUCAGAUGAGGAUAAGAACUUAGCGAACGAGAAGAAAUCGAAAGGAAAGGAAAAAAAACGAGUAUAUAACAUCGUACUGGUUUCGCACAGUUCGUUCAUUAUGCACUUUUUGGCUCUUCUAGAUUACUUCGACUUGGGUGCGAGAAACUUUAACAACUGUGAGAUCAGGAAGGUGGUGAUUCCCUUGUCUAACACGUUUCUCUUUUUUAACAACGUGGUGAACAUGCAGCUAGCCAAACCCGUAUGCAACAACAAUUUUCCUAUUGUCUUUAGGAACAAGAACAAAAUUCUGAAGAAGGCAUUCAAAGACAAGAACAUCUACACACUCAGCACAUACAAUGAUUUUGAUGAACUGACCUGCCAACAUCCAUGCACUGUGGUGAUUUAUCAAUACGCCUCCCUGGUGAACGAAGAGAAAUAUAUGAAGUAUUUGGAGAAGGUGAAAAAUUUUAUCGAUCUUGCGAAUAAGGAGCAUGAACAAGAAGAAAAGUUCUUCUCCAAUGGAAUGUUUAAGAAUUACGUGAAGGAGGAUAAGGACAACAUGGGUAGAAGUGUCCUCGUAUCAGAUGCUAGCGAGCAUAUACUUUAUGUGAAAGAGAAAAAUGCAUGGGAAGUAAACAAGAAGGGUUUUUUUGUGGGUCAAAAUGUAGUUAUCAUAGUUUUACCACAUGUAGAACCCACUGUAAGUUCUAACAACGUGAAUAUAAGUAAUAAUACAAAAGAAAAACCGACUGAGAAAUCUGCCCAUCUGGAUAAUGUACUGCAGGUUGUAAACAAUUAUAAUCACGUACAGGAUUUAAUCAAGUCCAAGGAUUUUUGGAAAGUUGUAAAAGAAAAUAUAAACAAUAUGGAUCUUAAUACAUUUCAAGAAUACCUGAUUGGCAAAUAUACAAAGAAUGUGAAGUCUGAGGAGGCAGAUAAUGUUUGCUAUUUGGAUUUGAGUAGUUGCCUGGAAAGUAAAUCUUUCAUGGAUACGUUCCAAGACAGAUGUAAUGGGUACUUGAAGCGUCUAAAGGAACGAUGCGAUGCUUUUCCGUAUGUAGAUUUGGAGAACGAGUGUAGAUACAUUAAUGAAAAUUUACUUAUGGACAUGUUUCCAAGGGAAUAUGCCUCCGGUACAAGGGGUCGCCUUGCUGCCGGAAGUGGUAACCGAUCUGGUGAUUGGACAAACGGUAAGGAAGACACCACAUUGGAUCAGAAUACCUUAGUUAGGAAGAAGUUUAUGUGUAUUCCUAGAAGAGCAGCAGCCAGUGCGAAAGUAGCCGCAGAGGCGCUAUUUGGCCAUUCCAACAAAUCAACAACUGUUGCAGUCACAUCAGGGGGAGGAGACAGCCCAGUGUCGAGUAAGAACUUCCUACAGGAGAACAUCAACACACUUAAGUCUUUCCCGCAGUCUAUUCAGAACUUAAGCGUUGAAAUGUUCUAUCGGGACCAUUUCUUCUACUUCCACUGUCUACAUCGGUUCAUAAAAAGCAAAAACAAAGUUGAGGGACUCAUCAUAUCAAAGCUACUAACCUUCCUUGAUCUCUUAAGAGCCUUCGACGUUAGUGCAACGAAUAAAAUUUUUCAGAAAUUAUCCAAACUGGAGGGCCUCAUUGAGAAUAACACAUGUUUGGAUGAGGAAGAUAGACUGGUCAACACGUACUCCUGCGAUAAGAAGUGCGCCCAGGUGAAUAACACCUCCUAUUAUGACGAAUCCGCCAGGAAAUACAAAUUACUUCAGACUUUGCGAGGACGGAAGAAGAAGGUUGUGGACGAUCUGAAUUACAUGCGAUACAAUCUUCUGACUGUUGCCGGAGGAGCAGAGAACGUUUUCAUUUUAAAUGUCCUGAAGUAG